GACAUGUCCAUCGCCGAGGCAGAGAGCAUUUAUACUAGAGCAUCAAAGUCUGAACUGGAAAACGACUGGAACAAUGCAUUCAAGCUUUAUCUGCAGGCAGCAGACGCAUUUCUACACAUUAGCCGUACUGCCGAUCCAAAAUACCGGAACAACGCUGCCUUGGCAGUAGAUCGUGCUGAAAAGAUAAAACAGCACAAAAAUCUUAAUCCCUUAUCAAUAGACCACUUUUCAAAUCAACUUGCAAUUCUCAAGAAGUCUUCCAUCAUAAACGAUAGUCACAUCCCUCUGGCAACAUCAUCCCCAUCCAAUUCUUACUCAAGUCCAUUCAAUGAUCCAGAUGGUCAACCAUCCCUCGGUUCCGUAUCUCCAUCAUCUACCUGGAAGCGUCCAAAUCACUUUACAUCAUCCCUCCCACUCCUCCCAUCCGACAUCAUCCAGAACAUCGUAAACGACUGCUCAGUAUGCGCUUCAAUCGCAGUAUGCAUCCAACACAACCUCCGCUUCAAAUCAAACUUACUCCUCUCUUCCUUGUCUUCUUCCAACGACGGAAGGUACGAAUUAAAAGUCCUCGUCAAUGGUGAUUUCCGGCGCACAGUCAUCGACGACCAUCUCCCCUUUGACUCUAACAACAAACUCGUUGGAAUAUCAACUGGCGCAAAGAAUCAGCUCUGGCCUUCAUUCAUCGAAAAAGCAUACAUGAAACUUAUGGGCGGAUACGAUUUUCUCGGCUCAAACUCUGCAAUAGACCUUCACGUCCUCACAGGCUGGAUUCCAGAACACAUCGAUCUCCAAAGCGCAUCUUUUGAACGCGAGCGCACAUGGUCUCGCAUCAUCACUGGAUUCCCUAGAGGGGACUGUAUGAUGACGGUCGGAACGAACGAUAAAACGGCGCUUAAUUAUAAUAUGCACAGCGUCAAGCUUCUUCCUUCUCAUGAUUAUGCUGUUACAGAUAUCAAAGAAACGAACAAUGAGCGCUGGGUCACGCUUCUUGAUUCGAGGAUAUGUGGUUCAGAGUGCAAGUGCGAUGGUAGUGGGACCUGUCCUAGGGUACUCAAUAUACGCUGGGACGAUAUAUGCGCGACGUUCGAGGGGUUGUAUAUCAAUUGGAAUCCAAGUUUGUUUGGGAGUAGUAUUACGUUUCAUGGAUCAUGGCAGCUUGAAAACGCGGAAGAUCUACCACGAGCUGCUACUCACCACCUCCGACUAAACUAUCAAAAAACAAAUGACCCCUCGUAUCAAGAAGUCCCAUCAGGACCCAACACAAACACAACUGAAACCGAUAACAACAACACAAACACAAACGGAAAGGAAACAGAGAUAUGGAUCCUCUUAACACGUCACCUCCGCGACACCCACCGCACAAACGAAUACAUCGCGCUUAAUGUUCAAGAGAAUGACAUGAUUUUAGGGGAUCCAGAACAUGUUGCGCUCAAGAGCAACUACACAAACAGUACACACCUCCUCUCGCGCAUCAAAACCUCCCAACUUCAAACCCACACCUCAGGCUCGCUCUCCUUAUUAGCCUGCUACGAUGGUCAAUUCGACCAAGUCGGGUUCACGGUCACUGCGUUUGCUUAUUCGUCGGAUGUGGUAGUGUCUUGGGAUACGAGGGUUCCGCCUGCGAGGUAUAUGCAUAAGGUCGAUGGCGUGUUGACUCAUAAAACGGCUGGCGGGAAUUGCACGCAUCCGACGUAUAUGGUGAAUCCGCAGUAUCACCUGCGAGUGCAUAAUACCACGAGCGCCAGUAUCGACAAACGGCCGAGCACAAACACAGGCGACAAGCGCAAUAAAACACAAGUCAUACUUACCGCACAGAGCACUAGGGACAUCUCGCUCAACGUCACAGCAGUGUGGUCACAAGGCGAGCGUAUAUCAGAACUAAGUCAGAAGGAGGUAGUGGCUCAUUCUGGGCCUUAUGCGUAUGGGCAUGCGCGUGUCGCUGCUCAUCUGGCUCCUGGGGAUUAUACAAUCAUAUUAUCAGCUUACGAACCAGACCAGAUGGGAAAAUUCACGCUCAAGGUGGAGAGUCCCUCUUGGUUUGAGAUAAAGACAAUACCGCAGGAGGGUGCAGGGAUGUAUGUCAAGACCGUCCAUGGGGGAUGGGACUCGACGACAGCCGUAGGUGGACCCAGCCAAAAUCGAUAUCACCGCAAUCCAAUGUACGAAGUAACCAUCCCUUGUGAUUCUGAAUUUGGCGCCCGUCUCCAACUCCUCACACGCGCCCCAGGCGUAUCCACCAACCUCUCCCUCUUCCCCUCAAACCUCCAACGAUGCAUCGCUUCCUCAGGGCCUUACUCCGAUGCGCUUUCAGGCGUUGGUAUUCCCAAGAGGAGUAUAACACCUGGGAAGUAUUAUCUCGUACCCUCGACGUAUCAUGCCGUAGUGUUUCUGGGAUUGAGGUUGUUUUGCGUUCGUGAGGCGCGAGAGGAGGAAUGA